AUGCAUUCACUAAUUUGUAAGGCUAAAAUAUUCUACAGUCAAGGCGUAGAAGGUAAAAACUGCACUUCGGGCUGUAAAAUAUUCUACAGUCAAGGCAUAGAAGAAAGGGGGAAAGGAAAGCAAGAGAGAGAGAGAGAGUUCAAUAAAUCUACCUUGAUUCUUCUGUGGGGUUUGUUAGGACGGACGGGUGGCGCGGCGGCGGCAGCAGUUGACGAGGAAGCGGCGGAGGAGGAGCUGGAUGCAAGGUCUGACGUAAAGAUGCCGAACCCAAGAAAGAGAAGAAAAAGGAGAAGAAUGGUGACAAUAAGCUGGAUCCAUAUGAGCCAUGGAACUUUGAAGCUUUCUAUGAUGAAUUCAUCCCCAAACUCCGGCAUUGCUUUCCUGCACCGCCUAUGUUUUAUGUAA